AUGGAGUAUGUGGUCCAGCACAGACUGCGCUCUUGGGUGGAGCAUCUGAAUUGCGACAAAGGCGUCGCGCCAAGCCGUGCCAUGUUGACAGCCCAUGCCGGGCAGUGCAUUCCAGACAUUGUGCCUGCAGAGAUUCGCCAGCGUUUGGAGCGUCAGCUUCAUGGGCCAGCGCGGGGCCAGCGCAAAUGGUUGAGCAGGUUUCGGCGUCGCUGGAAGUGCCGUGUUGGGGCCUUGCCUGCUUUGGCGUACUGGCAGUGGCUUGGUUUUGCCAGAUUGGAAGCAGUGACUGCGGGGCAGGAGCCUUUGAUCGUGAAUGUUGAUGAGACCAGCAUCAGCUUCGUGACAGGCCUCAAAGGGACUGUCAUCAAGGCCUGCAAGGGCAAGCGGGCUCGAGAAGCCGCGAGCUUGUCACAGCGCCGCAGCAACUUCACAUACUUGGCAGCCAUCACCCCAGAUCCUGCCAUCCAGCCCUUUCUACCGCAGUUUGUUUUGCUGAAUGAGCACCAAAUAUCGAAAGAGGAGUUGGCAGCGGCUGUGAGAUCGGCUCCACCCAAUGUCCGUAUGUUGCGGCGGCCGUCCGCGUGGUGUGACAAUGCGGUCAUGCGCCAAUAUCUCUCCGCGCUCCGUGCUUCUUUGCAGACAGCAGCGCCCGACAGGUACGCCAUUUUGCUCUUGGACGUGGCAAGAGCACACGUCCACAACAGCAUUCGAGACCACGCCAAGCGAUGCCGUGUGCGACUCGUGUAUGUGCCGGCAGGAACAACUAAAUAUUUGCAACCGUGUGAUUUGCAGCUGUUUCAUUCUUUCAAACGAGUCUUGGAAGAAGUUUGGCGUGAGAGGAAAGGACACGCCGUAAUUGGGGCGCUGACAAUGCAGUUUCGUUUGGGUGUUUUGUUUGAAGCCAUGAAACGUGUGCUAGCAACACGUAAGUGGGAGAAAGCAUUUCAACUUGCUGGAGUGCUUGGAGACCAACGCUCCAUCAAACGAUCUCUUCUGGAUGUGCUGGGCUGGACACAAGUUCCAGAAAUCCCCGUACGCCCACCAUCCUUGGCAGAUGCUGCACGCAUCUUCCCGCGGCGUAUGAAGAUAGAUACGAUGUCUUACAUCUACUGGCACAAGGAUCGACCUCUUCCAGACGAAGCCCGGCGCAAUUUGCCGUGCCUGGACUGA